AUGCACAGCGUGGUUCGUCGUUCGUCAAGUAUAACAUCAUCAUCAACAGUGGCUGACCCGUCGAAAGUAACUGUGCGCAUUGAAAGCGCAUCAACAAACGAUUUAAAUGUUCAAGAUGUUGUUACAACACCGUCGUCCGAUGAUGAUGAUGACGAUGACGAAUUACAACGAACACAACAAAAUAUUAAUGGUCGUUUUAAUUAUCGUAUUUCAUCAACAGCGAGUCGUCGACAUGCGCCAUCAUUAGGAACUAAUAAUAGUUCAUCGUCGCAACAAAAACGAUCGAGUCGUUUAACUACUGAUGUAAAAAGUUCAGUGUGUUUGCCACAAAGUAGACCCAUAACUGCUGUUUCACUACCAGCUAAACCAUCCGCCUACGACAACGAAUGGGAUCUUGAUUCAGCGUGUACAUUGGUAUCAUCGACUCAACGGCGUAAUCCUUCUUGUCCAUUGAUAUCACCAACAAAUAUUCGUGCUAAAUCAUCAUCUCAAGCUAUAUUUACACAUCAUCAAGUUCCAACUGUAUUCACAACUACAUCCGAAUGUCUCGGUCAAAAUUUACGUUCACAACCACGUCGUGAUAUGCCUAGACGUGUGCAAUCCUUAGCUAAAUCUGCAACAAUCGACGGCAAUUCAUCAUCAACAAAUAGUUCGAUUGUUUUUCUUACAAAUGAAAUUCUUCUAGGUUCAAUACGUGCUUUACAAAAUGAAAGGCAGUUAUGUAAAUUAUCAAUUGAUUAUCUUAUUGAUGCAACAAAUAUGAGACCUGAUGAAUUAGCACGCAAGGCAAACGUUGGUGCUCGUCUUCAAUGUCACUGUGGCCAUACACAUUCUCGUUGUACAUUAACACUUGAAUUCGAUCAACCAUUUAUCCCGACGACAUCAUCAUCAUCAUCAUCAUCAUCAUCAUCAUCAUCAACAGCAACAUCAACAACACUAGACUAUAAUAAUUUAAAUAGCAAUAAAACUCGUGAAUUAAAUCGUAUACAAUUAGAACAACUAUUUUCAGCUGUUAAUCAUUUCAUAAGUAAAGCUCAACAAGAAAGCACACGUAUCCUUAUCUAUGGUUUUGAAUUAACACCGACGUGCCCGUUAGCUGUUACUGCUAUACAAUAUUUAAUGUUAAACGAUGAACAAUUAACAUUAAUUGAAGCAACGCAUCGAAUAAAUCGUUUAUUUCCAGUUACACAAUUGCAACAUCCACGUUAUCCAAUAAUGGAAAAACGUUUUCAAGAUUAUUUAAAACAAUUGGAUAGAAAACAAUUUCCGAAAAUUUUCAAUGCAAAUGCUACAAUUAGUGAUUGCAGUAGUAGUGGAAAUGAAAAUCAUCAAUCAUCACGUGAUCUUUCAUCGAAUUCAUCGGAAACAACAACUGCAAAUAGUACACCGGUUACAUCGUGGACAACGAUUCCUAUGUCUAUUGUUAAUAAUAGUGAUGCAAAUUCACCUCAGCAUAUAUUUGCUGCCCGUUCAGCAUGGGACAAUUAG